AUGGCAGCAGCGCUGAGUGCUUCGCUGCAGCAGCACGCGCUGCCGCGCCGCCUGCAGCAGCAGCAGCAGCUGCUGCUGCAGCUGCACGCGCAGCAGCAGCCGCUGCAGGCGCCCCACGCCCAGCAGCGCGGCCGCUUCCCCCGCCACGCCGAACUCCACGCCCAGCAGCAGCAGCUGCUGCUGCAGCAGGCUGCUGCGCCCGACGCGCAGCAGCAGACGGCCCGCAGCCACAACCCCCACACCCACCGCCAGCUGCAGCACGAACGCCCCAAGCAGCAGCACCAGCAGCAGCAGCAGCAGGAAGAGGCCCCGGGAACCCGCGCAGCGGAAGCCUUCCCCCCCGAGGCCGGACUCCAGGACCAGCAGCUGCAGCACCAGCAGAUCCAGCAGCAGCACAGCCAGCAGCAGCACAGCCAGCAGCAGCAGCUCCAGCUGCAGCUGGCCAUGGUCGCCUACGCAGCAGACCGGGGCCCGCACAGCCACCGCAGCAGCUGCAGCGACAGCAGCUGCAGCGGAGGCACCAGCUGCUGCUGCUGCUGCUGCAGCUGCGCCUGGCAGCAAAGCCAAGCAGACGGCAGCACUGUUGCUUCUUCUGGGGGCCUCCGGCUAAGCGAGUCCGUCGAGACGCCUAGCAGCAGCAGCAGCGCAGCAGCAGCAGCAACUCUUGUUGCAGCAGCAGCAGCCUGCGAAGACUCCCCACUGGCGGCUCAACCGGCCAGGGGCCGCAGCUUCCAGCAGCCCCAACUGCAGCAACAGCAGUUGCAGCAGCAACAGCUGCUGCAGCAGCAGCAGUUGCAGCAGCAACAGCUGCAGCAGCAGCAGCUGCAGCAGCAACAGCAGCUCCAGCAGUUGCAGCAGCAGCAGCAGCUCCAGCAGCAACAGCUCCAGCAGCAGCAGCUGCAGCAACAGCAGUUGCAGCAGCAGCUGCAGCAGCAGCAGCUGCAGCAGCAGCAGCUGACCUUGCAAGCACAUGCAUGUGGCAGCAACAGUUGGUGUGUCGCCAGCAGCAGCUACGCCGAGCAGCACCACAGCACUGCAGCAGCCGGCGCAGCAACAGCAGCAGCAGGGUACGGCGUGCAGCCUCGACAUUUUGUGGUGCUUGGACAAGACCAGCGGCAGCAGCAACAGCAGCAGCAGCAGCACUCAGGGGUAUGGGGUAUGCUCUGUCACCCAGAGGAGGACUGCUGCGCCCCUGCAAGCGAACAGCAGCAAUACGGACCACUACUGGGGCAGCAGCAGCAGCAGCAGCAGCACUAUUGCCAGAACGGGCUGCAGCAACGGCUGCAGCUGCAACUGGCGCAGCAUUUGCAGCAGCAGCAGCAGCUGCUGCAGCUGCGGCUGCAGUCUCGGGAGCACCGCUGCCAGGCAGUCAGUGCCCGGCCGCGGCGCAUCGUACGAGCUGCUGCUGCUGCUGCUGCUGUUGCUGCUGCUGCUGCUAGUGGGUCUUACUCUGUUUCUGAGGAAGAUACACCUCUGGGGGCUCCAGCAAAAAGGCGGGGAGACACAAAGAGCAGCACCUCAGCAGCAGCAUGUGUGAGGGGCUCCGAGUGCCUCUGCAGCAGAGACGCAGCAGCAGCAGCAGCUGCUGCUGCUGCUGCUGCUGCUGCAGGCAGUAGUACAACCAGCAGCAGCGGGGGUGGAGCUGGUGCUUCGGCAGCAGCAGCAGGGAGAGCCGGCGGGUCCUUCUUGUCGGGCCCCGCAGCAAAGCCGAGCUUGUCUUGCAGCAGCAGCAGCAGCUGCUGCUGCUGCUGCUCCACAGUCUCCCCCUCAAUGGGGCACGCAACUGGCAGCACUUGCUGCGCCUCUGAGGCUCCUUCGCCCACUUCCCCAGCCUGUUACACUUCGCCGCAGCAGCAGGAGUUUGCUGCUGCGCAGCCAGCAGCAGCAGCAGCAGCAGCAGCAGCAGCAGACGGGGAGGGGUGCUGCGGUGACGAUGCCUUCACCCAGAGACUGAUCACUCGCCUGCAACAGCAGCAGCAGCAGCAACGGUCUUUGUUCCUGCAGCAGCAGCAGCAGCAGCAGCGAGCUCUCAUGCGUCUGCAAUUUCCAGGGGCCACGGCCUCCCACACUCAGCAACAGCAACAGCAGCAACAGCAGCAGCAGCAGCAGCAGCAGCCUCUCGCAGACCCUUGCGCCACACCAACGGAAGCUGGGUACUGCAGCAGUUCUUUGAGGGACCAACGGUUGCUGACGGUUUUGCGUGGGCAGCAGCACUUGCUGCAGCAGCGGCUGCAGCAGCAGCAGCACCUUCUGCGACACCAAAGGCUAGCCAUUCAGCAGCAGCAGCAGCUGCUGCUGUGGCUGCGCCACAGCACCAGCAGCAGCAGCUGCAGUCCCAGCGAAGUGCUGCAGUAUUCAUCAGCUUCCAGGCUGUAUGAGGCAGAGCAGGCGCAGCAGCAACAGCAACAGCAGCAGCAGCAGCAGCAGUUGCUAGUGCCGCAGCAGUUGCUGCGGCAGCAGAUUGUGCGUGAACAACGUUUUAAGCAACAGCAGCUCCAGAGGAGCUGGUGCCACCGUGUCGCCGGGCAGCAGCAGCAGCAGCAGCUGGUGCAGCAGCAGGAGCUCCGGCAGCACCCGCUGCAGCAGCAGCAGCUGCAGCAACCGGCCCGCCCAGUGCUCUUGGGCGGCGCAGACCCCAGCGGCAAUGUGGGUAUUUCAGCAGCAAAAGCGGCAGCAGCAGCAGCAGCUGCUGCUGCUGCUACUAAGUCAAACGACUCGCAUCAGCCUGCUUCCUCUCCCAGGAACUGCGGCGCAUAG